GGACACGACGAGUGGAGGGGAGGCGAGAGGUCUAAAAUGGCGGCAGCCGUGCCUCUUUGUUCGUUGACACUGUCGGUGUCCAUGUGUCCUGCGGUUCCUUGGCACAUUUCACCGUUUUCCUGAACCAGAGAAGAGCUCGGGGGGUAAAACGUGCAGACCAUACGGCUUCCACUGGACGGAACAUCCAGCCGCGGGAUUCAAAGUGCCGCCGUAAGCUGAUCGGCUCCUGACGAUCCGAUCAAGGAAACGAAGGAAUUAACUCUUCGCUCGUUCUCUUCGGUGUGUGUUGCUUCGCGUGUGCGGCGUGUCGUUUUGGAUACAAGCAGCGGGACGGAUGUCAAACAGCAGGAUAAUCCGAGUGUUGUUAGAUACGAGUCCAUCGCUGUGUUUACUCCCGAAAUAGAAGAAACAAAACGAGAAAAAGUCAAUCGUGACAUGUUCAUUCGCCAUGGACGGAAGAAAGAAGACUGGCAAACGAAAAACCUGAGACGAUUGCUUAGGAAUGUCUCAUCUAUUUAAGUUAUGUCCUGACAGCAUCAUUGCAAGGACAAAACACUGAUGUAACAACACGAAAGCGUUUGAGGCAAGAUGUCUGAGGUGGGGCCACGGCACUUGGCGUCAUCCGAGGUCUUCAGAUCUGCCACACGGCAGGACGGAUGGCCCCUCAGCCGAAACAAUUUCAAACGAGAACCCCAGCCAGACUCUGAACCCAUGGAGGUCGAAGACCUGUCCGUCAAGAAGGAGAGUCCACGUUCCACCCCAGCCCCUCUUGCCCGGUCCCCCUACUUAUUGACCAGUCCCAGUAGCGACGGGGGCGUGGACCUCAGCACCUCGUCCCGACGUCGAGAGACUCCGCCCCUCGUGCACAUGAGGCACAAAGGGCUGAUGCGCAAUGCCGAUGACAUCAUCAUUCUGUCGGAUGAAGAAGCUGGCAAUGCCAGGUUGAACGGGCACCAUGCUCACCUCAAUGGGAGCCCAGGUCUGGAGGAGUGGGAGGCACCCAAGAAGAGGAGAACGCCCCCUGCCCUGGGGUCGCUAGGAGAGGAGGAAAUUAGGAGGAGGAGGACAUUGGUGAGGAGGCUGAGGGAAGAGCUGAGGAACGAGGAGAUGAAACUUGUGCUGUUAAAGAAGGUAAGGCAGAGCCAAUUACUGAAGGAGACUGCGACGUCAGCAGCGACAGUGGCAAACAAGGCUCAUGCCCCUUCAUCGACACCCAUGGCAACCUCCGCUCCCCGUAGUGGGGGCAACCCUCCACCUCCACUAGUCAGGGGAUCUCCGGGCUCCACUCCACAGCCCCAGACGGGAAGCAAGUCUCUCACCAACCAUCACCACCACCACCACCAUCACCAUCAUCAUCACCACCAUAGUGGGGGAAGCAUCAGGUCACCGGCAGAUUCGUCGCCUUCUGUACAGCAACAGCUGCCGCCUCCCCUCGUCGGUGGCGUGCGUUUGGGUUCCAAUGCUUCCUCCACUGUUGCCGGCAUGCUUCUCCACCAACAGCAACAAAACCACGGUCUAUUGAGGGGGCCUGCAUCUCUGACUCCCAGCAGCCUGGCCAGAGCCCUUAGUCAACCAGCAGCAGCACACAGCAAUGCCAUCGGCUACUCUUCGUCAAGUCAGCAGAGCUCUGUUCAGCAGCAGCAGGUGGGCUGGGAUGCCUUGUUGCUGUCCUCCUUCCAGAAUACGGCAACCUCACUAAGCAGUUCCAGUCCCGCCCCCACAAACGACGGACAAACCCCGGCUCAGCGCCAGGCAGCAGCCAAGCUGGCUCUGCGGAAGCAGCUGGAGAAGACCCUGCUCCAGAUCCCUCCUCCGAAGCCUCCCCCGCCUGAGAUGCACUUUGUCCCGAACGCGAACAACCCCGAAUUUGUCUACCUGCUGGGCCUGGAAACAGUGGUCACUUUUCUGACGGAGGGGGAGACCCCAUCACCCCCUCCCCCGGCCCCUUUCUCCUGUCUCCAGUGCGGCCUGGACUUUACGGCCGUCUGGAAGUGGCAGGACAUCCGCGGUGCCAGUUCUUCGCGGAGCCGACCGCCGGUCAUCUGCGAAGCCUGCGUCACCUCCAACAUAAAGAAGGCGCUAAAGGCGGAACACACUCACCGCCUCAAAACGGCGUUUGUCAAGGCUCUCCAACAGGAACAGGAAAUAGAGCAGAGACUGGCAGGGGGCGGAGCACCGUCCCCACCUCCGGCGUCCACUCCUCCGCCUGCGGCACACUCGCCCCGCCUCGGCACCGGGGCCGCCAACUUCCUGCCGAAGCUGACGCCGCAGCAGAUACUGCAGGCCCAGCAGCUGCAGCAGCUCGCGCAGAGCCUGCCUCCGCCUCAACCUGCGCACAUGCUGCCCUUUGGGCCCCUCCUGGCAGCGUACUCCUACCAGAUGCUGGGCGGAAAGUCGCCUUCUGCCGAGCUGCAGAGGCAGUACCUCCUCGACAUGAUCCCUCCUCGGUCGAUGGCACAAGGGUCCGUGAACUGGAAAACGUGACGGAAAGAACUGGAAAGAUGUGUUAUAGCGGGGGAGGUGUGAACUUGGGGGGGGGGUCUCCUUGAAGUCCUCCGGACUAUUUCGUUUAUUUCUUUCCUCACGGCAGUGCCUGUGAAUCUCAGUACACAAAUAACCAGUGCUACUGCUCCAAAGGAACUAUUGUGGACAAUCAGAUGUGAUUGGAAGCACGUUUAAAAAAAAAAAAAAAAUCCAGGACAUGGCACGUCCCGUAACUUUCGUCUGUUCCUGCUAUCAUUCUCCUGGAUCUUCUCUGUUCAGCAGUCCCUGAACUUCCUUAUCUGCAAUUUGUUGUAUUUUUCUUGUUUGUAUACUUUUUUUUCCCCUCAGCAAGUCCUCUUUUUCCUGAAAGUGCAAUACUGACCACAUAGUUCAAAUCUUUCCUCUCCAUGUAAUCAAGGCCCGUCGUGAACGCGAGGAUGUGCUAACUGCCAUGUUUUCCUUCGCCUCUGCAUUUCUUUCUUUUUUUCUUUCGCUUGCUGGAAAAUGCGUAUGUGCCCCUGGGAAGAGGAAUUCCGUUUUCUAAGUAGCUCCUGAAGUUCACAGCAGUACGCCGAGGGGCUGAAUGUCCAGCAGAUGUUGGACGAACUGCUACGGGCCUGCUAAAGUGAAUCACGUUUCCACAGCAUAAUGUCACGAUCACGCGAAGUACGAACUGUAUUUGAAGCUUUCAAAGGGUCGUACGAGUGUGUCUGUUUCUAAAAAAAAAAGGAGAAAAUGAAAGGACUUUGCUCACAUUUUAGACACAUCUUUCCCUCUUUCAAUGAGUGAGGAAGCCAGCGUGUGUGUGCAUAUGUGUGUGUGUGUUGAACAGAAAACAAAAAUAUCACCUUUUAUGACAGUAUUUAAAAAAAAUGCACCUUCCCUUUGAGUCAGUCUGUGUGCAUGUGUGUGAGUGGUGCAGCUUAAAAUUUUCUUUCUGUAAAAGUUAACAAUUUGUGUAAAGGGCUUUGCAGUGUUGGGCACAGCAGAUGAGAUAUAAGGGAUGAAAGAUUCGCUGCACGGAGAGAGUAUUUGUAAACGGAGCUGUUCAUGGCAGGUUUCAAUAAAGCUUGAACCGGUUGAGUUCAAAGGAUA